AAGGACCAAUGUUAACGGAGCACGCGUCACUCACUUUUACCCCCCCCCCCCUAAAAAAAGAAAAAAAGAAAAAAGAAAAAAUAACGGACCAUCCAAACAUUCUACAGCCGACCAGAUCUUUAUCACUAGCUGCCUGCAAACAAACCCUGCACUAAUAUAUUGUGGAGAAGACGGCUGUGCUGAUUUUUAGGGGAGCGGUGGCGCGGUGUUACAGUGAAAAUGGCUCUGACUAACGACUGGAAAACAGCACGCAGGAAUGGAAGCGGACUGUAGCAGCUAACUCGCUACUUAAAGAAGGCGUGACAGGCCUCAGUCGUCCCUAAACUGUUCUCUACUGCUGCAGGCGGAGGAUCGCUGAUACACAAUAAAAUGAGAAGUGAGCAAAUGUGCAAAAGAUUUUCUCUCACAUCUGCAGGGAAAAGUCACUCCACAGUAGGUCCAUCUCAUCGAGUAAAGGCAACGGUAAGAUUAUAAGAGUUGUAGGAUCGGUGUGGCUGAACAAGGAUGAGGAAACUUGCCUAGAUGAAGGAAAAUUAUGCCAACGCAAUAACUCUGAAAGGAAACAAGAAGAUGUCAUUUGAACUGCAAUUCAAUAGAAACUGUUCUGUGCUAUUCUGAAAUUAGUGUGGAAUUCAUCUCUAUAUCUCAAAGAAACUUUCUCUUUCAUCAUAAACUCAUCUCUCCAGAUUUCAAGAUGAAAUUCAUCUAUCUGUGGAAGAAAUUGUAAAAUAACGUCACCCUUACGGUGCAGUUUGUCUUUCACUACUCCAGUGGUGGGAUCAUUGUUGUCACGCCGAGUGCUGGAGGUUUCACCCCUGCAUUCUCAUGUGAGUGGGAAAUGUUCCAAUUUGGAAAAUAUAAUUUGGACAUUAUAGAGAUGUUAAGUGGGCACCAGGCCCACCAGUUCAAAGGCCUUGGUUUAGAUCGACAACUACAGCAUCAGCAGCAAGUGCAGCUUCACCAGCAUCAACUCCAACAGCAGCAGCAACAGCAGGCUGAGUCUCCUGGAGCCCUUCUGACUGGACUUGGCUUGGGUCCCCUGCAAGGGUCUAGAGGCUACCAUGAUGAUCACCGUUCUCAAGGUAAUCCAUCUCCAUGCUACUCUGGUGCCUCCCCCUGUGGAAGUGGGAUGGCCGGCCCAGCUCUGAGAAAGGCACCUUUGGCCCCGACACUGCAUCCUCACUCACAGAGCCACAGCCAACAUCACCAUCCGCAGCAGCAGCCCCACCUGCCUCUAUCUUCACUACUGGAUGACUCAGAGGAUGAUGUCACCAGCUCUGUCAAUAAUGCCAUCUCUGCUAUAACGGCAGCUAGUAACAGCGGCAAUAGAGGGGAUGAUAGGGGAGACAUCAUAGGAGGGCUUCUAGGUGGUCUUGGUUUAGGUCCACUGGGUUCACCUUCAUCAACAUCUGGUAUGGAUAAAAAUUUCAGAAGUGGUGGGAGCCAGGAAGCUAUAAGCACUAAUCCAUCAAAUCCUGCUGCCAAACCUAAACGUCCACGCAAACCUAGAGCAAAGAAAGAAGCAGCAGCUGAUGGUCAGCCCCCAAAACGCAGACAGUACACCCCAAGAACAGGGGGAAGUGGGCUCCCACGCACUCAUCUUUGCAGUGUCUGCGGUAAGGGAUUUGCACGUCGUGAGACCCUACGUAGGCAUGACCGCAUCCAUACUGGAGAGAAGCCUCACCACUGCACUGUGUGUGGAAAGUAUUUCCGAGAAGCUUUUCACCUCAGCAAACAUCAAACCGUCCAUUCUGGAGCAAAAAAUUACAAAUGCAGCAUCUGUGGAAAAGAGUUUGGGUACUCUCAGAGCCUCAAGAGGCAUAGUAAACUCCACCAGAAGGGGGAGAUGGAAGAGGUGCCUACAACACCAGCUCCAGAGAAUCUUAACAGCUUUAACCCAAAUCCUCAGUGUAGUGUGACCCAGGACAGGAGCCAGACCCAAGCACCUAACACCUCCUCCUAUUACUCCUACUCUCAAGAUGUCAAGCCUCAAGACGGCAACCCCCAACCUCCAGCCCAACCUCAUCCUCAUCCUCAGCCCCCACCUCCACCACCACCUCGACUUUACACAUGUGCUAUAUGUUGGAAGUCGUUCCGCCAUCACUUCCAUCUGACAGCCCAUCACCAAACAGUUCAUGAAGGUGGGGGUGAAAAACUGUUCUGCUGUGAGGUAUGUGGUAAAGCCUUUGCUUACUCCAAUAGCCUCACUCGACAUAGGCAGUCACAGCAUGGAAUGACCCGCACUGAACAGUCUAACCCAGAUGAAGGUAGCAGUGGCUCUGGAGACAACAGAAGUGGGAGUAAUGUUAAUCGACAAACAUCAGAGAAUGAGGCUGCCACCAAUGCCCUGUUACAGAUGGCUCCUUCACCAGAAAGCCAUGGAGGGCAGAGUCUGAGUGUUGUCACCCACAGCCACCAACAAGCUCCCCCACCCCAACCACCACCUGGUUACUCCCCCCUUUUUUAUGAUGCUGCAGCAGCCCAGUCUUCAGCCUCUAAUGCCCUGUCCUACACACAGCCUCUACCCCCAAACUCUACGCUCAUGCCCUCUCAACACCCGCAUUCCCCAGCAGGGGUGAAAGGAGAGCACAUAUAUCCAGCUGGAUCUCGUAGUCGUACACUUCACACUACAGCCCCGUUCCAGCCUCUUACGGAACUGCCUUCCACUGAACAUCAUCAUCUGCAUCAUCACCAUCACUCGCACCACCAUUCUCAUCAUCAGCUGGGUACCCAGUCCCACCAACACCAUGACUGCAGCAGCCAGGUCUCACAUGAUGAAAUGAGGAGACACAAGAAGAAAAAAAAAAAGUCCAACAGGAAGGAAUGGAGGGGAAAUAAGUGGGAAUCCUCAGAUGUAGCAAUAUUUGAUGGAACCAAAAAGAAGAGAAAGAUAAGUUGUUUAAUAAGAGGGCAGUUGAAUAAAAAUCAAGGCUUUCUUCGCUUAACAAUUAGGCGAGGAGGAUCAGGUGGUGGUGGGUACAAGCUUGUCAAUACUGGUGGAAUGAAGGUCCAGAUCUUGUCAUCUCUCAAAGUCCCUGUGAAACGUUUUGGCUGUUCUAUAUGCCCCAAUUCUGUGUUUUCCCACCAAGCGGGACUUCUAGUCCACAUGGCAGUUAAACACCCACGAAAAGCCUUGACCACUCAAGAGAGACUGAGAUGCAGCGUGUGUGGGAAGCAGUCUUACAGGCCUUUGGCGGCCUUCAUCCAUCGCGCCUCUCAUCGUGCCAGGGGGACAUUUUCCUGCAGACGUUGCUUUGCUCGUUUCUGGAAUGCUACACUUCUUCGCAGGCACAAAGUGUCCUGCCGCCGCAGGGCUAAAGGACUAAAGCGAGGGGAUGGUAAAAGGCUGAAAUUUUCAAAAAGACCAAAAGAGAGACAGAACCGAGAGGAUCACGGGGGAAUGCCAUUCCUACAGUGACCAUACAGAUACAGAGUAUUCUUGUAUCUGGGAAGAGUGGCAUACGAGAGGAAUAUUUUUUAGUUUUUAAAUGAGAAGAUGAAACAUAAAGGACUUCAGAAAGGCAUAUGUUGCCUUUAGGGUAAUUUGCCUGGAGUCUGUGUUGUCAUCUCCUCUGUUGACUAUUAGAACGAGUGUGUUAACAACUACUGUAGAGUAUUCUAUAAAAUAUCACCAGAACUUCUUCCAAAUUAUAUUGGAAGAGUUUUGAAAGAUGUGACUGUUUUUCUUAGGAUCAUUAACCCCUUAAGUGCAUUGACACUAUGCUUGGCUGACACUGUGCAGUUACUAGACAAGUUUAGGUGAUAUGACCGGCUAAUGUACAUCUUCCUUGUGUCCCAACUAGGAUCCCUGCUACACCUCUUGCUGUAUGAUAAACGUCUCUGCUGUGUAUUUUGUCUUGUUCACUUAGAAGCGCUGAGGAUUUUAUAAAAUGUUAAGUGCAUUUAUUAGCAGUAGGGAUAUGGGGACAAAGACAUUUGUUGAUAGCGUGUCAGUGCAUGUGUGUUCUCUGGUCCAAGUUCUUUGCUGAGGUUGUGAACUCAAUCCUACAGUAUGUGAUGGAUUUUUCAGUAUAUCCCCAUAAGUUUGUAGUGUAAUCAUGGUUUGAAAUUUGCUCUGUAUUCCCUUAAAUACAUUUAGACUACAAUCAGUUACUGGUAACUAGAAGUACCAAGAUCUCUCACCUGCCAAAAUGAAUACACUCCCCAAUACCUUACUUAUCCCUUCAAUUAAUUUCAUUUUUUGUGAUAUUCUUAGCUUUUAUACUAACAGAUUUUAAAAACAAACAAGCAGAUUCUUUGUGUUCAUCCCUGUUAUUCAUGUGCUGUUUUUAGCAGUGAUUUUUACAGUACAUCACUGUGUUUGAAGACAAGGACCUAUUAUCAUAGAAGCAAAUGUAAUCAUGUAUUUAUGUGUGUAACCUAAUAAGUCUACAUGCCAAUCUUAAACCGUAACCCUUCAACUUUUUACUUUUUGUUGAUUUGCAAUCAUGUUUUUACUGUUGGGUCUUGUUUCUUGUACAGAAGAAACUGAGUUUUAACUACAUUUUGCCACUUUAUUUGCAUAGGAAUUAAUACUCCUGUCACUUUUUUUUCUUCAGAAGAAAAAAAAUGUUCCAAGUAGAUUUCUAUUACUUUAUUUACUGAAAAGUCAGUAGUUGAUUAUAUUUCAGCAGUUAAUAAAACUUGUAAGUGUAAAGAA